GUAUUUCAAAAACAACUACAGAAACGUGUUAUAAGUGGUCCAUUUGGUGUUUUAAAUGCCCCAUAUUUAUCCUAUGUGGAGAAAAUUGUCCGGGUUCUUAUGGGUUAAUAUUAAAUUAAUGCUCAGGGUGCUGAAACAACCAGUAGAGGGCAUCCAGUCAAUAACUUUCCCGGUAAGGAAAUAAACCCGGAACGUAAACAAGAACCCGCUGUCUGUGUCAUUUCCGGUCUGGCAAUUUUCACAUUCAAUAAAAUGGCAACGCCGAGUGGUGGCACGUCCAAGCGUUUAGUCCAGUAUGUCAUCGUCCGAUCAGACUUGAUACACGCUUUAUCAUGGCCUUUAGGGGCGGUUAUAACUCAAGCCUGUCACGCGGCCACGGCAGCCAUUCAUUUACACUACAGUGACCCUGAUACACAGGAAUAUUUGGCAGAACUCGACAGCAUGCACAAAGUGGUACUUCAGGCACCAGAUGAGGCUUCUCUCUCCACUCUUUCCAGUACUCUACAUGAAAAAGAUAUAGCACAUAAACUAUGGAUGGAGCAGCCGGAGAAUAUCCCCACAUGCUUGGCUUUGAAGCCCUACCCCAAGGAGACUGUGCAGCCCUUUCUAAAAAAGUUCAAGCUUUUCAAAUGAAUUCUGCAUGUAUUGUACAAUAUAAACACAAGCAUUGACCAGAAUGGCAUAUACCAUUAAGAAUGAACUUGUUGUAACAGUCUUACCAUCACA